AAUGGAGGAGUUGGAGGAGAAAACAUGGAUGCUGAUGAUUUUAAAAUUCCUCAUCAUCUUACUCACAAUGAUCAACUACGUCAGCAGCAUUGAGUCUCCAGAAUACCGUGUGAUUCUGCAGUACUUGGAAUCUGAUGUCGAGAUCAGGUUAUACGAAGAAUCCUUCUGGGUGUCGGCUGCUGUUAGAAAUGCUACUUCAUUCGAAAAAUCCACAAAAGAUGGUUUUCACAGGGUGUAUCAAUAUAUUCGCGGUGCCAACCUCAACUCUUCUCAAAUGGUGAUUACUGCUCCUAUCCUAACCACUAUCGUGCCCGGAACACAUGGCUCUGACUGUUAUGUCAAGUUUUACCUGCCAGCAAAAUAUGCGGCUGCACCGCCACUGCCCAAAACUGAACUUAAUUUGCAGUUUGAAAGAUGGAAUAGCCAAUGCUUAGCAGUAAAAAGCUUUUCUGGGUUCGCUCAAGAUGAAAGCAUCAGAAACGAAACUCAGGCUUUCGUGGUCACAUUAAACAAAAUCUUCAAUGGAAAGACGAAAAUCUUGGAAGAUACAGCUAUCUUCUCGAUUGCCCAAUAUAAUGCCCCCUCUCAUCUUUCUGGACGUUUAAAUGAAGUGUGGCUGAAUGCAUCAGCUUUUGCUGUUGAAGGGUGCCCUUCUUUCUGAAGUACUCUAUUUGCU